AUAAAAAGUCAAAAGGAUGAUUUGAUACCCUUUUUGUCACCAUUCUGUAAUCUUGUUAUUAAAAAUGGUCAUUUGCCACCCUCUUUUUCUCAACCCAUAACAGCUUAAAAGGUGGGUUCAUAUUUCAUAACUCAUUUGACAAUAGUUGCAAAUGGAGGUUACAAACAAAUACAUAGCCAUAAAGGCUCAAAUUGAAGGUGCACCAGAAGAGAGUGAUUUCGAGGUCAAAACUGAACACUUGUUCCUUUCGGUAAAGCCUGGAUCAAAUGAUAUCAUCAUCAAGAAUCUUUAUAUAUCAAUUGACCCAUAUCAGCUUAACCGAAUGAAGACUGUUAGUGUUUCCCGGAGCUAUACAGUUGGUCUUACUCCUGGUGAGGUGAUUGAUGCUUUUGGUGUGGGAAAAGUAAUAGCUUCUGGAAAUUCAGAAUUUGAAAAAGGUGACUAUGUGGCAGGCGUUAUAAGCUGGGGAGAGUAUAGCAUAUCACAGGGAUUCAUGCUAAGAAAAUUGGAUCCAAUGGGCUUACCAUUGUCAUACCAUGUUGGACUUUUAGGGAUAAGUGGGCUCACCGCAUACGCUGGCUUCUUUGAAGUAUGUAAGCCCAACAAGGGUGAAAAGGUUUUUGUGUCUGCGGCAUCUGGCUCUAUUGGAAAUUUGGUAGGCCAAUAUGCUAAACAGUUGGGGUGUUAUGUUGUGGGUUGUGCUGGGAGCACAAAAAAGGUGAAUUUGCUAAAAGAAAAGCUCGGGUUUGAUGAAGCGUUCAACUAUAAAGAAGCAACUGAUCUAGACGCUACGCUCCAGAGGUAUUUCCCUGAUGGGAUUGACAUAUAUUUUGAUAAUGUGGGAGCCGAGAUGCUAGAAGCAGCGGUAUCCAAUAUGAACUUGCGUGGUAGGGUUGCUGUUUGUGGAGCUAUUUCAGAAUACACAAGUGCAGGAAAACGUGCAGCACCCGAUAUGCUAAAUGUAAUAUACAAGAGAAUCUCCAUUCAAGGUUUCUUAGUAGGUGAUUACAUGAGUUUGUUUCCCGAGUUUGUCUCCACAACCAUUGAUCACAUUCAAAGGGGGAAAAUGCAUGUUCUUGAAGAUGUAUCAUGUGGUGUAGAAACUAUUCCUUCAGCUUUUGCAGGGCUCUUUCGUGGCUAUAACGUUGGCAAGAAAAUAGUUAAAGUUUCUGAUGAAUAAGGACCUAAAAUACAUCUGUUUCGUAAUUUAGCUAUGUAUUUAAUGUAAUUGUUCUGAUGCUUCAUCA